CUCUCUGUCAGUGCUUGGAAAAAAACUUGGGGCUGUACAAAGUGUGGUGCAUUAAUAGAGAAAUUGUGUACAAAAUAGCUGAUACUGUGUGAUAACAUGUUGCUGAGGCGCCGAUGAUGAUGAUGGAGUCAAGAGUGGAAACGCACACCUCAGUCGAGCGGGAGAUGGAGAAGAAAAAAACCAUCCCGUCGAAGUUCCACUGGCUCUCCACAUGCAUCUUCAAGGAGAUCCGCGGCAUCCUCAGCUCCGAGUGGGAGCAGAGCAAGCUCAUCGGCUGCAUGGACUUGUACUUGCGUUGUGCCCGCGAGGAGGCCAGCAAGGGCAAGAAGAGCAACUUCGCCAAGAUCCUGCCCAAGAACAUGUAUUUAUUCAAGACUAUGAACGCCAAAUUUGGAGCAACGCCCGCGUAUCUCAACAGGAUCGCCAAGAUGCUGCAACUGUACCUGGACACGGAGCUGCGGGCAUCAAUCCAGGGAAUCAUGUUCUACAUGGACAUCGCCAACAAGAUAUCGAUGCAGAUUGACGUGCAUCUGAAGGGUCAGAACCCGAGUUACAUACUCAGCGUGCUCAUAACGUCGCAGAGAUCGCAGAACAAGACUCACCGCCUCGUCCUGGACCUCCUCUACGGAAAAUACUUGACUGUGCAUAAAUAUGCGGUGAAUAAGACGGAAUUGCCGGACAAGUUGAUGCUGAUGUACAUCAUUGGGUACAAACAGUGGGUGAAUCUGUUUCUCGAUGACAAACCAAAGGUCUUGGAGAUCAUGAAGAAAUUCACGAUGUUCAAGCCGAGGGAAAGCUUUAAGAAUAAUCCGAAGAUUCCGGAAUCGCUGAGGAUGGUUUUAUCGGAGAGUGGACUCGUGAAGGAACUGCUGACGACGAGCGAGAAGGUUGAUGACCUCAAGAAGUCGCUGAACAGUUAUUUGGACGAGGAUAACCACGAAGAGGAGGAUUACCUCACGGAUAUGACCUUGCUCUCAAUCGGCGAUUCGCAGGAUGCCAGCUCGUCUUCGGCGGCGGAUGAGCAGUGUUUCUCUCUCUCCAUGACACUGCCGACGGAGAGUGUGCCCGUGCCGCUGGCCAGGAGCGCCAUGCUGAGUGUGGUGAAGCAGGAGGAGCCGCAGACACUGUCAGUGAUUGAUCUCACGGAGGAGAGUAUGUCUCCGCAGCCGCUGCAGUGGCUGCAGAAGCUGGCGCGGCGGGCACGCGAUGCGCAGGAUGUGGUGCUGCGAUGUCCGGUAUCCAGCGGGAGCAGCGUGGUGAUUUGCCUGUCGGACUCUGACAGCGACGGGCACGAGGAGGGCGGCAGCGGCGGCGCCGCAGCUCAAGAGGCGGAGGGCGGUGAGGCGCCGUCGGUCACGACGGUGGCGGCGGAGAGUGAAGUGCCGCGCGAGGCGAACUACGCGGCGGAGAACAUGAUGCAGUGGCAGGAGGGUGGCAGUGGUAGUCGCGAGAGUCCCAUCAGUGUGAUGGCGAAGAAUCGCGAGAUGCUGGACAGCAUCACGUCGAAUCUGGACGAGGUGCCGUCGCUGAACAAGACGCCGCCGCAGAAGAUGGCGGAGAAGGGCAGUCUGACGUCUGGUUUGGGGACAAAGAGUGCCAUAAAGUUCGGUGUGCGAGACGAUCUGGUGGGAUCGAGUUUGAGGAAGGUGACACCCCCGGAGAGUGUGAGCGAGACGCCGUCCAUCUGCACCACGGACGACAAUUCCCUGAGUGGUGGUGUUGAGGACUCGCAGAACUCGGUGGACAACUAUCCCAUCUUCAAUGAGAUCCACAUGGUGGAGCGCAGCGGCGAGGCGGACGAGCGUGUAGCGGACAUGGAGGCGCCACCACCACAGUCGAGCAUCUUCCAGGAUCAUCAUGCGAAUUACUUUUGCGAUGACCUGGAGGAGGGUUGUCACAUUCUUCGGGGUGCUGAUCCCAAAGUGGCCGACAAGCGGCGCAGGCAGUCGACUGAUGUGCGGGAACAGGAGAAUAUUGUGUUUAGUGUGCCGCCGCUGGCGCGACGGCCGAUCGCCGCCGCCACUGAGGACGAUCCGGCGACCACCACGAGCAGUAACCUUCCAAUGCCACCAGAUAGGAUCCUCUUUACAACGGGUAAGACCACAAAGUCGCACAGUGAUGAGAGUGUCAACAAUUCUGUGCGUGACAUUUUGGCGGACUUCUCAGAUGUGGAUGAGACGCCCACAGCUGAGGAUGGGCAGAAUGUGUCUGAAGAAGAAGAAGAUGAUGAUGAUGAUGAAGAUGAUGAUGACGAUGAUGAGCCAGAUAUAGAAUCGCCGUUGAUGGAGACUAUUGAGAAGCACGAAUUGGCGGAGUUCAUGGAAAUGUGCGACAAUAGUGGGCAGCAAACGCGCGAAUAUAGAUCUCCCGAGGGCACAAAGUCAUCAUCUGUUCAUUUAGAGCGCUCCGCGUCGAAGGAGAAGGAGAGCGGCAAGGAGAAGGAGAAGGAGGUGGGCAAGGAGAAGAAGAAGAGAGUGCAUUUCGGCACGGCCAAGUACAUGAAGCCCAAUGAUGUGCCGCAACAGAGAAUGUUCUUAGACUAUUUGGAUGGCAUGAGUCCGCGAAAGUCCAUACUGAAGCCCUCGCCCAAGCCCGCGCUGCAGAGUGGCGCGAGUGUGGCGGCCGCCGUCGCGAGUGGUGCGACUGAUGUGAAGAGUUUUGGCAAUUUCAAGGAGGCCACAAAGGCUUCGCAGAGCAAUAUCAUGGUGAAGAGGUCUUAUCUGUCGCCAGAUAUGCUGCCGCUGAGUCAGACGACAAAGGCGAGCAGCGUGCAAGCGUCGCUGGAGACGGACAUCGGGGCGUCACCGUUGUUGUCGUCGUCAACGGAGUCAGUUGCAGGUACAAAAACUAUAAAUUCUUUUAGCCAUAGGUCGGAAGUUUGGUCAGUGGGUGGGAAUUCGUAUGACACGGUCUCAUCCUCGUCCAAUAUCCCACAUUUGCAUGGUGACUUCAAUGAGGCACACGGUAGUAGUCCCGUUCCGCAACUAUCAGACGUUGGGCCACAGCAAAUGUGUGGAAAUUUGGUGGAUGGCGAUAGAUUGAGUAAGAACAUUUCCCCAGUUGAGAGUAAGGGCGUGAAGGAGGCGGAUUCGACGUCACCUGAGCGCGCGUGUGAGCACAUGUACGUGCUGCCGCUGAAGAAACGCAGCAUUCCGACGCCGCCGGCGCCAGAGGUGCCCGUGGAGUAUUGUCCGGCGCCAGAAGUGGCGCCGGUGAAGUAUGUUCCUGCACCAGAGGUGCCCGUGGAGUACGCUCCGGCGCCGGAUGUGCCGGUGGAGUAUGCGAUAUGCUAUCCGCCGAAGCGGAUGCUCAGCAUACUUGAGCUGCCGCCGAGUGAGGUGUCGCUCAGGAUACUCAAGGUGCCGCGCAAUGAGCCGUCGCGGAGGCACAAGACGCCGGCGGAGCGGAAGCACAUCACACCAGUGCAGACACUGAAUUUCUCACCUCAACGCAUCCCAACAUCAACAAUUGCCGGAACUGGGCAACUGCAAACAUUCACACCAUUGCCACCAUUCAACUACAUUCAACCGUCGGCGCGCAUUCAGCAAAUCCGCACGCAACCCGAUCUGUCCACCAUCAAUUUGGGCUUCAACAUUGGCGCUGGAUCGCCAACGGUGUCGGAAUUGUCGGCACUGCCGACAUUCAGUCUGACACAGAGUCACCCAGUGCAGCUGACGCAGAACUUCCACAGUGCACCGACGACGGGACUCACGUACACUCUGCAGCAGGCUGCAUCGAGUUCCUCCUUUGACAUUUCCCACCUUGAAUUGCAGAAUAUGAUAGAGUUACAGGGAUACCAGUAUGGCCAGCCAAAUGUCAGUACAAUAGUCAGUCCGACGAAUUUGGGGCCGGAUUUGGCCUUUCAGGGCGUACAAUUGACACAGGGAACACCUGUGCAGUACGCGGCGAUCAAUCAGUGGCAGAAUCCAUGUUCCUGCCACGGUGGAUGUGCCAAUUGUGAUCAGAAUCUCGUGGAUUUCGGGAGAUAUAGUGGCACGACUGUCGGUGGUGGUAGCACAACGGGUGAGCUCACGACGUCGCGUCUUGAGCAGCACGCAUCUGCCAAUGCCAGCAAAUGCGACAAUGAGACAUUCCAGAAGCACACAAGUAUCAACAUUAGGAAGCGCAGGCAUGGAAACAUAUCAUCUGAUAAGGGAGAGUUUGCUAAAGUCCCACGCGAGGCCGAAUCAGAUUCGUGUUCGCCGUGAAUUUGAUGAGCGACGGAAGAAGAUGAUCAAGC